CGUAGUGGGGUGGUAAUAUGACUGGUAGCGAGCGGCCACAGAAUUCCAUCCUGGAUUUCCCCAAACGUUUCAUGGUUGUCACCGGAAUAUGGCGCGCGUCUUCGAUCACACGAAAUUCUGCAGCGCAGAAAGCAUACAUCGCCUAUAGCGUCUUCGUCAAGUUCUACUGCACGCUCUUCGUAGCCUCGGCUGUCAUAGAAUUCACCUUGAGUGUUUUGUCGGAAAAUUCCAUAGAGUUCAGACAACUCUCGUAUAUUAUUUCUAUGCUGACUACCCUUUACGCUACCAUGGUCUGCGAUACCAUCAACUUCAGGCGAAUUAUAUCUUACAUUGAGGACCGAGGAAAUCGUCUUGCCAGCUGCGGUGACGAGGACAUUCUGAUGCUCCAUUCGCGACUGAUGAAAACCGGGAAAUUAGUCAGUACAGCUUUAGGUCUCGCAGUGGCGAGCACCGGGUCCGCCGUUAUUUUGGAAAAUAUAUGGCGUAACGUGGCGAUAGCGAAAUACAACUCAGGUGGAAACGGGACUGCCGAAAUCGCGUUCAUCCUUGAUCUGUACUACUUUGGACUCACGACGAGGAAACCAGCGACUGCAUUCAUUCUCGUCAAUGAAUGCUUGUCGGUGUUCAAUACCAUCCUGACUUUAGCCACCAAAAGUAUCACACUGACGUGCAUGAUAUUCGCCAGCUAUGCUUUGCAGGAGAUUCAGAUUAGAAUGAGGAAAAUCGGAACGGAUGUAGAUGUUGACCUCAGCCUUAAACGAGUGGUUUCGCAGCACCUAGACGUUAUCGGUUACAUCCAUGAUUUAAACGAUUUGGUAAAAUACUUAAUCUUGUUCGAGUACUUAUUCGAGUCACUGAACGUUGCCGUUCUCUCAGUUCAGCUAGCCGCGUACGAAUCCCAGACGCUGUUGUCAUCGGCAUCGUACCUGAGUUACCUUCUACUGCAAAUCUUCAUGCUAGGUUGGACAGCCGACGAAAUAAAAAUGCAGAGUGUCGCCCUAUCUGAUGCAUUGUACCAGUGUCCUUGGUACGAACAGAACGAAUCGUCCAAGAAGGUGGUACUGGUGAUGAUCAAGUUGACCCAGAAGCCUUUGACUUUGACGAUCGGCCCUUUUGACUCGAUGACCAUGCAGUCUGCUCUGGCGAUUAUAAAGGGAUCUUACUCGUACGUGAUGCUGAUGACUAAUGGUUACCAAUAAUGGUAAACAAUGAAACUACCUUGUUCCAACUAUUACUUAUAUAGACCUAUUUAAAUAAAAGAAAUGUAACCUAAUGUUUUUAGUAAUAUUUCAAAAAAUAAUAUUUUUUACUCGUUAUUACGCCGUAACUUUUGAAGUCAACACAAUAA